CUGCCAGUAACCGGUUAAAAAGUUGUAUAAUAGAACUCCCACAAUCCACUGCAUCGUGUCAACUGUGAGAGUGUGCGGUGUGUUGUAUACUGACCUAGCUUUUCCCGCGACCUGGGGGAGCUGAUCAUUUAUACCACGCGGAUAAUUAUUGCGUUGGACGUGCUCGCGGAGAGCUCGUGUACACCAUGAGCAGAAUGAGGACCCUCCUGGCCUCGAUCGGGGUGGUCGGGCUUGUCGCUAUGGGCUACGGAAUGUGGGCCGUAAUUUCACCUGGAGAGGAGAGGAAAAGGGAAAUAUUAAAGAAUCUGCCAGAGGCCAACCCUGUCCGAAUGGAGGAGACCAGAAAGAGAAAUGCUCUCAUGCUUCAAGUUUUAAAGGAUGCUGCUGAGACGAAUGAUAAUGUUGCACGUGGAUUCGGGGGGCAGAAAUGAUAGAAUGUGUUUUCACAGAUAUCAGACUUUCACUUGCCACUAGCAAUCUGUAAAUGCAUGGGGAGGAGAAAUAUGAAGCCAGUGACAUAUUUAAAAAUAAAUGAUCUGAAAAUG